AUUCAUUAGACAAAUAUAUAAGAGUUCCACCAUGACCAAAGCCAUGGUACUUUCAGCAGCCAUAUUGAUCAUUCUCGUUCAGACAGUAAAUUCUGCACUUACUAAGGGAUUCACAAUGCAUAUCAUUAACGCCCUCCAAAAUGAUGACGUUCCUCUUUCUGUUCAUUGUGAAUCUAAAGAUGAUGAUCUUGGAAUAAAAUAUCCUAAAGUUGGUGAUGAUUUCCAUUUUUCAUUCCGUGGGGAUGUCUUUGCUAAAACUCGUUUCUAUUGUCACUAUUCGUGGGGUUCUAAAAAACAGUUUUUUGAUGUUUUCAGCAGAGACAUUUCUCGUGGUUGUGGAAGAAUAAAUGGAAACAAUUAUGAAUGUUUUUGGAAAGUACAGGAUGAUGGUUUUUACUUUGCAGGUCAUAAUUCUCCCGAAUCUUAUUCCAAAAAGUUUGACUGGAAUGUAUAGAUAGAUCUCUUCUAAUAUGAUUAAUAUUAAAAAAAAUAUAAGUUGUUGUUUUGUAUUGUCAAACUUUUAAGUUCCAUUAUUUUGAAUACUUUGCAGGUUAUAA